AUGACAUGUGUCCCCAUUAGGCCUAAUGGAGGGGUCAUUGUCCCCGGGCCUCCCUACAGACCUCCCUACAGACCUCCCUAUAGACCUCCCUACAGACCUCCCUAUAGACCUCCCUACAGACCUCCCUACAGACCUCCCUACAGACCUCCCUAUAGACCUCCCUACAACCCUCCCUAUAACACUCCUUAUAGCCCUCCCUACAAUCCUCCCUAUAACCCUCCCUACAACCUUCCCUAUAACCCUCCUUAUAGCCCUCCCUACAACCCUCCCUACAGCCCUCCCUACAACCCUCCCUACAACCUUCCCUAUAACCCUCCUUAUAGCCCUCCCUACAACCCUCCCUACAGCCCUCCCUACAACCCUCCUUAUAGCCCUCCCUACAACCCUCCUUAUAGCCCUCCCUACAACCCUCCUUAUAGCCCUCCCUACAACCCUCCAUAUAACCCUCCCUACAACCCUACCUAUAACCUUCCCUACAGCCCUCCCUACAGCCCUCCCUACAACCCUCCUUAUAACCCUCCCUACAACCCUCCUUAUAGCCCUCCCUACAACCCUCCAUAUAACCCUCCCUACAACCCUCCCUAUAACCCUCCCUACAACCCUCCUUAUAGCCCUCCCUACAACCCUCCUUAUAACCCUCCCUACAACCCUCCUUAUAGCCCUCCCUACAACCCUCCUUAUAACCCUCCCUACAACCCUCCCUAUAACCCUCCCUACAACCCUCCUUAUAGCCCUCCCUACAACCCUCCUUAUAACCCUCCCUACAACCCUCCUUAUAGCCCUCCGUACAUCCCUCCCUAUAGCCCUCCCUACAACCCUCCCUAUAGCCCUCCCUACAACCCUCCUUAUAGCCCUCCCUACAACCCUCCUUAUAACCCUCCCUACAACCCUCCUUAUAGCCCUCCGUACAACCCUCCAUAUAACCCUCCCUACAACCCUCCUUAUAGCCCUCCCUAUAACCCUCCCUACAACCCUCCUUAUAGCCCUCCCUACAACCCUCCCUAUAACCCUCCCUACAACCCUCCUUAUAGCCCUCCCUACAACCCUCCCUAUAACCCUCCCUACAACCCUCCUUAUAGCCCUCCCUACAACCCUCCUUAUAACCCUCCCUACAACCCUCCUUAUAGCCCUCCGUACAACCCUCCCUAUAACCCUCCCUACAACCCUCCUUAUAGCCCUCCCUAUAACCCUCCCUACAACCCUCCUUAUAGCCCUCCCUACAACCCUCCCUAUAACCCUCCCUACAACCCUCCUUAUAGCCCUCCCUACAACCCUCCCUAUAACCCUCCCUACAACCCUCCUUAUAGCCCUCCCUACAACCCUCCUUAUAGCCCUCCGUACAACCCUCCCUAUAGCCCUCCCUACAACCCUCCCUAUAGCCCUCCCUACAACCCUCCUUAUAGCCCUCCCUACAACCCUCCUUAUAACCCUCCCUACAACCCUCCUUAUAGCCCUCCGUACAACCCUCCCUAUAACCCUCCCUACAACCCUCCUUAUAGCCCUCCCUAUAACCCUCCCUACAACCCUCCUUAUAGCCCUCCCUACAACCCUCCCUACAACCCUCCUUAUAGCCCUCCCUACAACCCUCCCUAUAACCCUCCCUACAACCCUCCUUAUAGCCCUCCCUACAACCCUCCUUAUAACCCUCCCUACAACCCUCCUUAUAGCCCUCCGUACAACCCUCCCUAUAACCCUCCCUACAACCCUCCUUAUAGCCCUCCCUAUAACCCUCCCUACAACCCUCCUUAUAGCCCUCCCUACAACCCUCCUUAUAGCCCUCCCUACAACCCUCCUUAUAACCCUCCCUACAACCCUCCUUAUAGCCCUCCGUACAACCCUCCCUAUAACCCUCCCUACAACCCUCCUUAUAGCCCUCCCUAUAACCCUCCCUACAGCCCUCCUUAUAGCCCUCCCUACAACCCUCCCUAUAACCCUCCCUACAACCCUCCUUAUAGCCCUCCCUACAACCCUCCCUAUAACCCUCCCUACAACCCUCCUUAUAGCCCUCCCUACAACCCUCCUUAUAACCCUCCCUACAACCCUCCUUAUAGCCCUCCGUACAACCCUCCCUAUAACCCUCCCUACAACCCUCCUUAUAGCCCUCCCUAUAACCCUCCCUACAACCCUCCUUAUAGCCCUCCCUACAACCCUCCCUAUAACCCUCCCUAUAACCCUCCUUAUAGCCCUCCCUACAACCCUCCCUAUAACCCUCCCUACAACCCUCCUUAUAGCCCUCCCUACAACCCUCCUUAUAGCCCUCCGUACAACCCUCCUUAUAGCCCUCCCUAUAACCCUCCUUAUAACCCUCCCUACAACCCUCCUCAUAGCCCUCCCUACAACCCUCCCUCUAGCCCUCCCUAUAGCCCUCCCUACAGCCCUCCCUACAACCCUCCCUACAACCCUCGCUAUAGCCCUCCCUCUAACCCUCCCUACAACCCUCCUUAUAGCCCUCCGUACAACCCUCCCUAUAGCCCUCCCUACAACCCUCCCUAUAGCCCUCCCUACAACCCUCCUUAUAGCCCUCCCUACAACCCUCCUUAUAACCCUCCCUACAACCCUCCUUAUAGCCCUCCGUACAACCCUCCCUAUAACCCUCCCUACAACCCUCCUUAUAGCCCUCCCUAUAACCCUCCCUAUAACCCUCCCUAUAGCCCUCCCUACAGCCCUCCCUAUAACCCUCCCUAUAACCCUCCCUACAGUCCUCCCUAUAGCCCUCCCUACAACCCUCCCUAUAACCCUCCCUACAACCCUCCCUAUAACCCUCCCUACAACCCUCCUUAUAGCCCUCCCUACAACCCUCCUUAUAACCCUCCCUACAACCCUCCUCAUAGCCCUCCCUACAACCCUCCCUCUAGCCCUCCCUAUAGCCCUCCCUACAGCCCUCCCUACAACCCUCCCUACAACCCUCGCUAUAGCCCUCCCUCUAGCCCUCCCUACAGACCUCCCUACAGACCUCCAUACAGACCUCCCUACAGACCUCCUUACAGACCUCCCUAUAGACCUCCCUAUAGACCUCCCUACAGACCUCCCUAUAGACCUCCCUACAGACCUCCCUACAGACCUCCCUAUAGACCUCCCUACAGACCUCCCUAUAGACCUCCCUAUAGACCUCCCUACAGACCUCCCUAUAGACCUCCCUACAGACCUCCCUACAACCCUCCCUAUAACCCUCCCUACAACCCUCCCUACAGCCCUCCCUACAACCCUCCCUACAGCUAUCCCUAUAACCCCAGACACCUUGAGUCACCAAAGUCAGGCCCUCCCAUCAUGUUUAGAACGCUUCCCAGACAACGGAGGUUCUCCAUGCCAACAUCAGACUCCCACACCCUUACUAGUCACUAG